UAGCAAUCAGCAAUUCAUUCACGCGCGCGCGCGCCCGCGCCGCCCAAUAUGUAAAUAUGGCCGACUGGGAGGACGAUGAUUUUGAUCCCGAUGCGGGCUUCGCCAAGGCGACUACCGGUGAUAAAUGGGAAGGAGAGGAUGAGGAAGAAGAUGUGAAGGAUGACUGGGCUGCAUCAGAUGAGGAGGAGGAGAAAGAAGAGAAAAAGGAGGCAGGUUCUACAGAGCAGACAGCGACUUCUGGAGCCGGAGGAGCAUUUCAAGUCAAAAAGAAGAAGACCAAUCUAGAAAAAUCAUUGCAAAGGAAAGCUGAGAAGAGGAAAGAGAAGCUAAAGGAAGCAGAAAAGGUUACGUUAACGCCAGAGGAGGAGUUAGAGGAAAAGUUAAGACAACAGAAACUGCAAGAAGAGUCAGACCUUGAACUCGCAAAAGAAGCUUUCGGUGUAGGGCUUGAUGAUGAUAGAUCACUAUCUCUAGACACCAUGAAUCCCACAACGGAAGAAGAGUUUACGGAAUUUGGGAAGCUACUAAAAGAAAAAUUAUCAAUGUUAGAAUCUUCAGAUUACUACCCGUUUCUGCUCGAGGAUGUUUUUCAAUCAUGUUGUGUUUGCCUUGACAGUGAACAAGUAAAGAAAUUAGGAAGCUGUUUAACAGCAAUAGCAAACGAGAAAGCAAAAGCACAAAAGGCCUCUAAAGGAAAGAAAGGCAAGAAGAAAGCAGUCUUAGCAGGGAGUGGAAAGUCGGCAAAGAAGGAUGAGUUUGAUGACUUUGGUUACGGUGGAGGUGAAUUUGACGAUUUCAUGUGACGAAGACUUUCCAUCUUAGGCCAACCUCUCUUCACCAUCUCUAUCCAGCCAUGCGUACUUGUGAGAUUAAAAGUUAUUUAUGGAACACUCUCAGACAAGCAUUAUAUACGAGUAGAUAAAACGAUAAAGAGCAUGCAUUUUUUUUCUGUGAUGUUUAUAAAAGUCUAUUUAAUUGAUUUGCUGAGACAUGCUAUCAUAAUGUACCUUUUCUUGCAGGCAAAAAGAUUUUCGUUUUUAUUUUCUAGGGCUACUUCUCACAACUUACUGCCUAAAUCUGCAACAUUGGAUGAGCUUUAGGGGGUCCAUGAAUGGGGAAAUUCCAGGGCUCCUAUUUAUGAGUUUCCCGAGCUCUUUUGAGCCUUUUGGGGCCUAAACCGCCCAUAGUCCCCGUGUAAUUUUUUUACCAUGCUUUGCAGUCCUGUGUCAUAAAUCACCUCAAAGUUAUGUAUUGAGGUGGGGUCUAAUGACGAUUUGAUUAUAAUGAAUGAAAAAUAUUUUGGAAGGUUUGAUGAAAAGGGUUACGAAUUCAAGGUUUUUUAAAUUUGUGACGUCAUAUGCAAGCAGCUCUUCCAAUAUAUCCUGUAAGAUAAAUCCCAUAAAUCUUAAUUUUUGAAUGAAACGUCAUGAUUAAAAAUAUUUUUCUUAGACACAUCACUUGGUAAGAAGUGAUGUGUCUGUAGCUAUAUUCACUCCACAAAUGAAAUCAAUUUCAAUAUGUGUUUAAAAAUGAUAUGGGGAACUCGUAUCACACAACAUAUCAAAGAGCUGCUCCUCUGUGACAUCACAAAAUAAAAAAAUAAAAAUCCAAUCCAACAUUAUAAUUAGGAUUUUCAUCGAAACUUCACAAAUAGUUUUCUCCACUUCAUCAGGGUGACCUUCCCCCUUUGAUCUUUACGUCGGCUAUCUGCAUUCGAUUUCAUUUUUACAAUGAAUAAGUUUUAUUUACUAGGUUAAACAUGCUCUGUAUUUGUGGCUAUCCAUCUGACUGAUUGUUUUUAAAUAAACUUAUUAUCUUGUGCCAUCCA